AGGCCGUCGACGCUCAGUGUAAACAAAGACUCGGAGGGGGAAGGACGCGAGCCCAGAUCUCGUAGUGUACAAAUUUUUGUCUGUGAUAUUGGAAGGCCGAACGCCUCUAGAUCUCUCAUGAAACAACAUAUCUAGACCUCUCCUUUGUGCCAUGAGAGGCCACUCGAAAGGAGCAUUAUAAAUCGAGUUGAUUUUUUUUGUGUGCAUUAGUCUUUUGUCUCUAUGCCGUCGACGGAGCUCCGUGUCUCUGGCAACGAAUUCCUUUAUUUCCCUCUUUGUUAAGCCAGAUCAAACAACACGACAAGAUGCAGUAACUAGUAAACAUUUGGCAGGUGGUGCAGCUGUGUGGCGCGGGUGGUGGUAGAGCCAGCUGGUGGUGGUGGGGCAGAUGGCGAGUGUACACUCUCCUGCCGUCAUGGACAGGGGACAGGACCUGCUGUCACCCCUCCUGGAGGCCCUGGCCCUCGAGCCCAAGUACCAGCCCUCCUUGGCACUCCCGCACACUGCCAAGCAGGAUGGUGGCGAGAUCAGCAUGAGGAUGCGAAAUGGGUCGGCCCAUGUGCUACGUUGCCUGAAGGUGUGGUAUGACCUCCCACCAGACACCUUCUUCAACGCAGUUAAUAUCAUGGACCGCUUCCUCACACGAAUGAAGGCACAACCGAAGCAUUUGUCUUGCAUCGCUGUGAGUGCAUUCCAUCUGUCAUGCCAGUUUACCCCGGGGUAUAGCCACUUAAGGGAUAUACCUCAGGUGGUUCCUGAUAGUAGAGAUUUGACCACCAUCUCGCAGUGCAAAUGCUCGUCUGGUGAUGUGACCCGCAUGGAACGCAUCAUUCUGGACAAGCUGGCCACAGAUCUGCGCUGCCAGCCACCAGUAACACCCCUGACACUACUACGCGUCCUCUAUGCUGCCCAUAACCACCUGGCUGCCCCACUCCUCCAGCACCCCACCUUACCACCUCCCCUCACUACCCUCAUUCACAAGCUCGAGAUUGUAGAGUGUGAUUCGGCUGCUGCCACUUUUCGUCCAUCGGAACUGGCACUCUCCCUUCUAGCACUGGAAUUCAGUCAAGAUAAUGCUAACAAACACAUUCAUCAUGCCUGUAUCAACCAUUUGCAAAAUAUAUGCAAGGUGACUUAUGACACCUUUGACCAGUGCCAGAAGGUAGUGGCAGAAUUAAUGGAUCAGUAUGAAAAUCAGAGACACUCCCCUCACCGCCAACGUCUGGUUUGGAAACUCUCCAAUAGGACCCUGCGGCAGCUUAGGCCCACAGACAAAUUCACUACGCGACUUCCAACUAUUGUUGAAAUGCAGGGUCCAUCACAUCCUCCUAUCAUAAGGCCAAGGAUGGAUAGCGAAAGCUCGGAGAUGUACCUGUCUUCAUCCGAGGAGGAGAUGGACUAUGAUUAUGAUGAAGAGUUUCCGCCUCUUCCAACUCCAGCUGCUUCACUGAAGUCCCCAAGAAAAUCACCCAGCCAAUCCCCACAUAAGAAAACUCCCGCUUUCCUGCCCUACCCACAGUUUAACCGGAAACAUAACCGUAUUGCAUAAUGUCUUGAAGUUUGUGUAAUGCACCAAGUGAAGCAAGAAUUGUUUUAAUCAAGAGAUUAAGGUAACACAAUCAAUGUUCAUAAAAGUUUUAAAUUUUGUUCAGUUCUUAAAUGUGCAGUUUUUGAAUGUUGCCAUAUUGGAUCAAAUACCUAGGCACAGCAUGCUCUGUAGGGCAAUUUCUUGUCCUGUUCAUUGUUGAGGUUCCUGAAUUAUGUUGGUAGCCUUGUUCUUGAUGAACAUCACUUCCUAAGUUCAUACUGCACAAAGCUUGUUAAGAGCACUAGAUCAAUUAAUUUUACCCUCUUCAAACACUUCUGAAGUGUUCCUGUUUUUCUUUGUAAGACACUUUUUUUUUUUUUCUUAGCAUGGUUGUCUUACAUUUAAAUGUAUUUUAAAUAUAAGCUGACUUAAUUGACCACCGAAAAGUGAUAUUGUGAAGGAGUAGAAAUAGCUGAGGAGUUUGUUUAAUCUUUUUUUUUUUCCUCUACGUGUAUUUUAGCGUUGAUAGGUAAGAUACACGCAGAAAUCUAAAAAGCCAAAAAAAUCUAAAAAUCCCGUUGCCACUCGGACUGGUCUAGUGACCUUACGUGUCUGUCAUUUUGCUUCAUCAUUGCUGAGGGGUCAGUGCCCCCCAUCUUUACUUGUAUGAUCUUUAGUGAAAAACUGAAUAUAGAAAAAAAAAACGUGCAAAAAAUAGUAUUUUAUUGGAUGUAUGUAAGUGUAUUGUAGCUUUAUUCAGCAUCUCCUUCAAGAAAAAGUACAAAAAAAUCAUAAAAUCACAAAACAUACUAACAGUAAGGUUAUAUUGUAAUAACCAUUCUUUACAUUUAUUCACUAAUCUCUUUGGGUAUAUUGCCUGGUCAUAGAGCCAAAAUUUAAGGUGGUGAUUUUUUCCUGGCUGAUUCGUAUAUGGGACAGGUUUACCAAUCAUUGACAAAAGAAGCUACACUAGUCCCUAGUCAGCAUUGUUCUGUGCCAUGAACAGUGCUCCCCAUGCAGUGUUGCUACACGUGCACUUUAAAUUUAAUGCCCGCAAAUAGCAAGGCAAAAAUCAGUUGAGCAACACUUGACGUGUUCUAUCAGGACACAAGGCUGUGAUAUCCUCAGACAGUGUAUGUUUUGAGAUGUUAGGGGUGGUGAGCGCCUUCCUUGUGGAUCCUACAGGAUGAGUACCUUAAUGCUUAAUCCAGGGAGUACCCCUUGCAUGAACAAAAUGCCUAAUAAAUUAUCAUCAGGUGGAACUUCAUUUUAUUGUAAACUGAAGGUGCCUGUAGUUAUUGAUUUACAGGCAACUGCCAAAGUGGUACGGCAUUGAAAGUGGUCAUUACCCCAUUAGGGAGCCUGAUUCUGGUAGUGUGGCACAGCGAAGGAUGGCGUGUGGUGCUGGUGGGCCGCCUCCGAGCGAUGGACACCUAUCUAGGCGACGAGUCGCGGAGGUGGCUCAUCCCCACCCCACCCUAAUGCACCAGCAUCAGUGCUGUUGAUAUUAAAAAAAAUACUUUGAGUAUGUAUUAUUUGGGGAUGUUGUAUAUUAUCAAUGCAGCAAGACCCCUUUCUUAUAAAAUAUUGUACCUGCCAGUAAUUAUAGACGUGUCAGAAGUUUAUUGGUGCUGGGCUCCGGGCAUGGAGCCGAGUGCAUAUAAUUGUUUUUUAUCCUUUAUGGAUUGUAUUUAUUUAAUGAUAUAAAUGUGUACUGUAUGUUGAUAAUGAAAUGUAUUCUUUGAUUAUAUAAACAGCAUAUUAUGUUUGUAAAUUCCAGUUUCCUUGAAAAGUGCUAACAUUACUUUAAUUCAUUUGUAAGCUAUUAUGAAACCAACAGCAUUUUGAGCCCAAUGAGUAGUGCCACCACCUGAACAGUCACUAGGUAUAAUCAUCAUCAUUGGAUGAAGCUUGAUUUCUGUGCUACUGGACCAGUGGGGAUUUAGUUUUGUGCCCCUAGCCAAACUACAGCUUUAAAUCCUCAGUCCCAACAUUAUUAUUUUUUGUUUUUAAAUCCCGUUUUGAAUGGUGUUAGUUAUGUACCAACCUGUGUAUUUUGUUGUCUAUACAACUGCAAAACCUACAUAUUUCCUAGAUGUGUAGUAGUGUGUUUGAUCAUUGGUUUUGGUCGUGCAGUUAGACUGGGGAAAACGGGAUUUAUGGAUUGAAUUUCACUAAUUGUCACUCAGGUAUGUGUUGGUACUUAUUAAUCUUCAGACACGCAGAUGGUAUGGGGAAAUUUUAAUGUUUGGACUGUGGAAAGAGGAUUUGUGUUCUCAGUGUAGUUGUGGCACUCGUGUCAUUUAUAUUAUAUUUUUAAUGUACAUAGAGUGUACAAUGUACAGGUGUAAGUUAUUUUGAAGGAUUUAUCAAAGCCUCGGGCAUUUGACAACAACCCAAAGAGCCAAAAAUAAAAAAUGUAGUUGAUUGUGUCAUACACUCAAGUGGUCUAGCCUCUCCACAACAAAAUGAAAUAAAAAGAUAAAUAUUUUUGUAA